UAAAUGUUAGGAAGAGCUUACGAAAACUGGAUUGUAUUGAAUCAUUGAUAAUACUUCUUGGACCUGAAGGUAUUUUAUAUCUGUUACUGUACUUAUUUCAUUGGCAUGACCACACCUUUGUAAUUGCUGUCAAGUGCAACAAGGUAGAGCAAAGGAAAGGGGGGGGGGGGGUAUGCAGAGGGAUGCUGCAGCAUCAGCAUGCUCAUUUUGCAUCAGUUACCUCUUUCCUAACAAUUUUGAUAACAUACCAUUCACCCUGCCCCAUUGCAUCAAAACCACACCUGUUCUGUCGGUAAAAGUAAGGCGUGCACGUACCCUCAAUUAUGGUACACUCGCCAUGCCCCUGUUCAUGAAUUUCACAAGUACUGCAUAAUGAUAAUUAGUAAUGAUAUUUAACAACUAUUCAAUUAUUAACCACCUUAAUGCUCAAUUUUAGAAGAGGCAUUGUGCCAUGAAUUUGCAAGUUUAGCACUAACAAUGUUAGCUGGUACGUUGAAUUUCUUCAUUUACUUGAAUUACUAGUUAUAUAUAUUGUCUAUUUAUCCAAAAUUGUGAAACUUUUCAACGACUUUUAUGCAUGAUGUACUAGGUGAUUUUGGGAACAAGAUUGAAAUAUUUGAAAAGAAUGGCUUGGAACCAUUAAUUCGUUUACUUGCUUCAACUGAUUGUGAUAUCCAGGUGACUAGCGGAAGGAAAUAUAAUGUGAAAUUAUAUUUAAUUGCCAGUGAAACGAACAGGAAACAGUGUAGUGCCUCAACUUGUGUUUAAUUUGUCAGAAAAACGCCGUGGAGUGCAUCUCUCUAUUGGUGGAGGACUAUCAAAGCCGCUCUGCUAUCAAGGAACUAAAUGGUAACCUAUUAUUUACAAUGGAUGACAAAAACAAAACAGAAAAGACAUAUUUUGAACAAUUAAUUAGGCCUUUCAUUAUUUCUGUAGGUUUUCAGCCACUUUUUGCUCUCCUUGACUCGCAAUACGCCAUUAUUCAGGAAUUAGCGUUAAAUACGUUGCUAAAUUGUACAUAUGAAGGUAUAAGUUUGAUUUCUUAUUUUUUAUUCAUGUUUAACCAGUAUACAGGGUGUAUAAAAAGUAGACAAUUUUACUUUUUUUACAAUAAGAAUAUGUAAAUUAGGCAAAUUCAUGAAUUAAGCAUGUUUGAAAGGCAUUCGUGCCAAAAAAUGAAAGUUUCAGCGGUUAUUUAACGGACUUAAAAUUGAGUAAAUUUUCUGAUAUUUGGACCAUUGAUAAAACACAUAACACAUUUCUGGCCCAUCAACUUGAAAUGCGUUUUAAACUUUUAAAUUUCGCGCGCAAGCUAUUUUUAAUGCUCAUAAAAAAGACACCCCCUUGCCGCUCUGGAAAAUUUAUCUUUACGAAACUUUUUUGUUUAUUCUACAUUGUAAGUCUAUAUUUAUAAAAAAAAUCAUGAAAUGAACGGAUUUGUGAAAUUGCAUGAGAGCCGUUUCAAAAGUGUCUACCUUUUUUUAUACACCCUGUAUUACUGCAGUGUGAAUUUAAAGUAUAUAUGAAAAAGUAAAAAGUUUUUUGAUUAUAUAUAUAUAUAUAGUUCUUCCGUAUUUUACCAGCUGUGAACCGUGAAGAGAUCCGACAAUUGGAAGGCCUUCAAAAAAUUGUGGAUUUUAUUGGCGUUAAGGUACGAUAAGAAAAUGAAAACGGAACAAUGAAUAUAGUGAAUGACUGGUUCAUGUAUAGGAAAUGAAUAUUUGAGUUUAAGAGAUUGGAAUAACGAUUGAUUCAGGCAAAUUUUGAAUCACUUAUUCCGUUCCCAUCUCUGACAAAUCAUUUUUAGGACCAACUGUAAUCAAUUAUAUGAGCUAUCACCGAUAGUUAGACUAGUUACUGUAACUGUGUAGUGUGUACAUAUUUGAAUAUGAUUUUUCAUUAUUAUUUACCAUGCAAUAUUGUUUUCAGGAUUACGAGGAUCUUCACGUGAAAGCAAUGCAGAUUUUAUCUAACUGUAUGCAAGACUUAGAAAGUAUGGAGGUAUUGCAAGUUACAUUUCAUACACACAUAGUUAUUGAUGAAAACAAUAAUAAGAUUGAGUAAAAGAAAUAAAAAAAAAUAACUGUCGAUGGGCGUAUGCCAACAGCAUAUUGAGCUAAGUAACAUCGAAUUUAUAAGUCAUCGUUAUAAUUUCCAGGUAAUUCAGUCUACAGGAAGUUUACAAAAGUUUUUAGCAUUUGCAGCAGAAUCCACUGUUCCUGACGUUCAACAACACGCAGUAAGUAUACUGGACACACCUGACACCUUUUCGUAAGGAUACAAUGGAUCCAAAAAGACUUUUUCUUAUUACCCAAUUUAUUUUUUAUAGGCAAAGUCAUUGGCAAUUGCAGCUCAAAGUGGUAAGACUGGAAUUUCUGUGCGGUUGUAUACAAUCUUUUUCAGAACUAUCCUUGGAAACUAGUUUAAUGUUAUCCUAGCACUGCAGUAAUAAUAUGAAACUAGUAUACAAUAUUUCUGCUAUGAAUUCCUUUAUGUUCUGCUUGCGUCUCUUUCCCCGAAUUAUUUCUCCUUUGUUACUCUAGAUGAAACACGCAAGAUUCUUCACGAACAAGAAUGUGAGAAAACGCUCAUCACCUUACUCACAAACGAGGUAGUGAAUUCAUAAAAUAAUCGUUUCCGAAAGAAUCUUAUAGGGUUCAUACUUGAUGGACAAUAAAUAUUCGUAUAAUAUUUAAAGAGAGAAAUUCAGGGAAAAUUUGUGAAAAUCUGAAAUUCCUUUUUGGGCGUUAGAGGAUUCUAAAUAUUUAAAUUAUUGUUUUUCCAUUUUUCUUUAAUGUUUCCAGUCCUCCUCGGUUCAAGCCGCUGCAGCAGAAGCUCUGGCUGUAAUGUCUGAAAGUUUGAGUAGUCGAGAUGAGAUUGGAAAAUUAGGUAUGUGCAUGUAGGAGAGUAUUCUUUUGGUUUUUUCAUUCAAAGGAGAAUUCUAAAUGGGGAGGUUUUGUAUUUUUUCACCAAAAUAAAUUUAGAUAUCUAUUGUCUUCGCCGUAUAGCUUCUUAACUUAAUGUUUUAUAAAGGAAGUUCUGCUUAAUACACUUACUCCCUGUCUUAUUGUUGUUGUUCUUCGUACCAGAUGGCAUACCAUGUUUGGUGACUUUGUUGAAGAACGACGAUCCAGAGGCCCGUCAGUUCUCGUCUUUGGCUCUGGCUAAUCUUACUACAUCCAAUCCCAACGCUAGGUAUAACGUUACUUUUUUAAAACUUAUCAACGUUUUUGAACAAGAACAAACGACAACGACAAACGGCAACAGCAACAACAUGAACAACAACAAUACUACACCAACAACAACAACAACAACAAUAUCAACAAUAACAACAACAAAAACAACAACAACAGCAACAACAACAACAACAACAACAACAACAACAACAACAACAACAACAACAACAACAACAACAACAACAACAACAACAACAACAACAACAACAACAACAACAAUAACAACAACAACAACAACAACAACAACAACAACAACAACAACAACAACAACAACAACAACAACAACAACAACAACAACAACAACAACAACAACAACAACAACAACUGAACUAUAUAUAUUGUUGUUUUAUUUCAGUAUUUUAAUGGACAAGGGUGGUGCGGAGCCGUUGGUUCGUUUGCUCACAGAUCCAAAACCACAAACUCAAGUGAAUUCAUCCGUUUGUCUAACGAACCUGGCACACAAUGGUACGUUAUAUUUAGUCUUUUGAAGCUUUUCUUCUUGGCAUUUCUUUUUAUUUGACAUCUUCUAAUAACCAAGCCGUUACUGCCAGACAGAAACAUUUUUCCUCGUUUUUUCUGGGCCUAACGUGGGAUUAAUUUCUUCAUUAUUAUUUAAUUAAGAUUAAGUAAUCUUAAUUAAUUAUUUAUCACCAUUUUUUAGAGUCAUGGAGAGCCGAAAUUAAUAGCUUUGGUAUUACAUCAUCACUGGCCAUCGCACUUAAUUCUAAGUAAGAUACAGUGAUAUUACAGUUUGUACAGUAACUUGAUAGCUUGCAUGUUAGUUAAGUCAUUGUUUGAUUGGUAAAUAGUACGUUUUGACUGUGAAGUACUUGUUCAACGUCUAUAAACAGAAAUUAUCAUUUAACCUGCAUCUUCAGGAUGACAAAAGAAACACUAUUAUACUACUUUAAAUACAUCUAUAUACAUUUAGAAAAAUAUUUAAAUCAAAUUUUAUGGUAAAUUCUAGUAAUCCAAGUGUCCAGUCCAAGAUGGCGCUUGCAGCUGCCUCGUUUUUGUGUGAUUCUGAUGCUCGCACACAGGUCAGUAUUCAUUUCACGAAAUUAAUCUGCAAUAUUUUUGUCUAACUCAGUAUCAUAUGCUUCACUGAGGCAAUUUUGUUGUGACGUGCAUUUUUUAGUUUCGUCAAGACGGAGGCCUGGCCCCCCUUGUCAAAUUUCUCUCUUCAAACGUGAACGAAGUUCGUCGCACUGCAUCAUGGGCCAUGGUUGUUUGUGGGAACGACUUGGCGACCGCAACUGAGCUUUGCAGUCUUGGGUAGGAAUUGAUUAUUUUUUAAUAUGAACAUUAAGACGUCACUCCGUUGAAUAUUGGUGUCAAAACUCCAUACUUGGUCAGCUAUUCGCCUAUUGGGUUGACACGACGAUUUCACAUUUGGCUAUUAGCCAACAAGAAAUCACGAAUUCUUUUAAAUAAAUAAAAACAAGUCUUAACAUUGAUUGUAGAUAUAUGUCGAUCUAACUAUAAGGUAAUAAUAAUAUUGUUUGCAGAAACACCACGUAAAUUUAUUUAGUUUCCACAAACAAUAGUAUUAUAUGUUUUAUUGCCAUGCAAACCUAUGUACAAAGAACUUAUAAGGUAAUAUUAACUAUUAGUAUUGGGAACAUAUAAAAGGAAGUUGUGGGCAUUGUAGAACAUGCUGCAUUGCAGGAUGACACUGAUAAGAUUGUAAUCUCCAUAUAGAGCCUUGGACCUUCUCCAAACCAUCGCGUUGUCUAGCAGUCGUAAAUCAGGAUUUAGUGAUGCUGCUCUUGAAUCUUUAUUUGAUUGUAAUCUGCCUGCGAAGUAUAGUUUACGUGGAUAUCUUUCGCCCUCGAAUAUCGUAGGGCAUUGUUUCUAUGAUUGUGGAAAGGUAAGCAUUGGAGAAAAAUCUUCGCCAUGUCUACUGACUUUGUUUUUAGAUGUGGUCAAACUCUCAUUAGGACCCCUUUUUACAACCAAUUCCCUUUUGUCUUUUAUUCUUUCAUUCCAGAUUCGUCCUGAAGCUCGGAUUUUAACUUUGGAGGAACUUUCCCAGGAGCCUGUUAACACAUCGAGACCUGUGUUGUAUGUCAAUUUAACUAGUCCUGAAAGGUACGAUGUCCUUGUUAUUUAUUACAUUUAUUCUUAACAUAUUCUUAACCGCAUAUGUAAAAUGUUGAGCACAACCGUGACUCCAUUUAUUUUCAGGCCACCUUCUCCCAAGCCAAUUACAAUAAUACAACCUGAGAAAAGUGUUGAAAAAUUAGCGAAACCAAGCAAGCUUACCCUCAGGGAUGUUAAAAGGUUAGUUGGCUGGUUUAUUAGAUGGUAUAUCUGAGUGAUUAAGGGAGUUAUUACGUCAUUGAUACUUGAGACUUGAUCAAACCUGAUCAAACGAGCAUGAGAGUUGUUGGCAAGUGAGGGUUUGGAUGAGAGUUUUCUCAACUCUCGUGGACAAAUGUUGCAUGAGAGUUGAUGAAGGUUGACUGGAUCUCUCAUUAGAAUUUCAUAAGAAUUGAGGAGAAUGCAUGCCUGAGAGUCGACCUGAGUUGGCGAUCAAAUGUGAGCGAGAGUUAAGCUGGAGUAAUACGAGCAACAAAAUUGCUGCAACUUGCAACAAAAUCUGAUUUCAACGCAAGUUGCAGCAAUUUUGUUGACCGUAUUACUCCACCUUUACAAGUCUCAUUAACUCUCACCCUCGUUUGACUGGGACUUUGGUUAUAAUCGAGUUAUUAUUUAAUAUAUGUGUAUGUACUGUAUGAGUUGAAAACUUGACAUCAUCGUGAUUGGUAGGUUUCAGUAAACAUUGCGAGGAAGAAGAUGGUAGUGGUUGACUGUUGUUGACACAAAAUUGUUGACAUCAGCAUUAACACACAUCAGCAUUAACAUGACUACUACUUAUACACGACAAACGAAUUAACUUUAUUCCCUCCCUCUAAUAACAUCGAUGGUUGACCACCAUCACCGCCGCACAACAGUGAUCAGUGAAACCCACCUGACAUGCGAAAUUCUCAAAUUCUAGAAGCAGAUCUCAAAUCCUUCCAGAGAAGGAGCCAGAGCCUCCACAAAUCGAGCUACCAACUGAGGAAGAGCCUGAAACGCCGUUGCCAUGGCAACCAUCCACUGAUCCUGAUCUACUGGACUACAUGCGUGAAGUUCAGGAAAGUGUCGCUCCACUUCCUUCCAUCGAAGAUCAAAUCACAGAAUUGGCUAGGUGCAGUAUCUUCAUAUUUUACCUCUUGAGAGCAGGAUUUGCUUGAAUAAUUUGCCAUUUUGGGUCUGAAUUACCUGGACGGGAUUAAAAAUCACGGCCAGCCGACAAUUUAAGAAAAUGAGUACAAAAAGAAACAAAUUCCGAAAAUUCGGUCUGAUGAUGUUCAGAAAAUCCUGUCUGAUGAUGACUUUGAAAUAAAGUCGAAAAUUUUCAGUCUCAUACACUCGUCUUGGUUCAAUUAAUAUCUUGAAUUUCAAGAUGACCUUAUUUUUCGGAAUUUGUUUCUUUUUGGGAUUAAAAAUAGUUCGACAUUAAGAAGCCUUCGAUAGUUCAGACGCGAACAACACCAGCUUAUUGCAGAAUACUACUACGUUCUGGAAUAUUACCGUUGGAGAGAGCCAUGCAGCCUAAACCUAGCCUGCGAACAGGCUCUCAUGCUGAAUUGAGAGCCUGCAUCGGUGACUAAUGAAUUUGAAUAUCUGCCCCGUAACGUUCGUUUUUCCAAAUAUGGAAUGUCUAUCCUUAUAUGGUGUUGUUUACAACUUUCGUUCAAACUAAAUUUAGACCGUGCAAACUAAAUUUAGACCGUACAGUUUAUACUGUUUUUCGAAAUAUAAGAUAUUCAAGCAAAAGUUUAAAUGUUUUAAAUACUGUUUUCUCAAAACAGAACAUUUCGUGCUUUGAGAUAAGAUGGCCAAGACCAAUUUGAUCAGUUAAUGUGUUUUUUAUGCAUAGUGCUUCAGCAGUUGACAUAUAUAGAGCUCAGCGGAAACAUAUAAAUUAUAGCAUCUGACCAAUGAGAAUUUCGCGUCACGAUUUGAGACGCAGAUAUUCAGAUUCAUUAGUCAUCGAUGCAGGCUCUCAAUUCAGCUUGAGAGCCUGUUCGCAGGCUAGCCUAAACCAGUCCAGGCUGACCGUUAUUUCUUUAUGUAUUUUCUAGAUAUGUGAGCUACAAAAUGGGUGGCGCCUGCGAGAAAGGCUGGCUUCAGUCGUUCAAUUAUGAACUACAUAUCAGUGAUAUAAAACACGAACUCAACUCGAAUCUUAUACCAAUAGGAAGAGUCAAAUCUGGAAUAUUUUAUCACAGAGCACUCCUUUUCAAGGUAAGACAUUCAAAGAUAAAAUAGGGUAAGCUUUUCUCACACAGAAACUAAACACUUCUUUUUAUGCAGUCUUUUCAAUGUUAGUAAAUACUAAAACUAGUUUCGUAUCUAAAUUUUUGUAAAAUAAAAUUAUAUGCUUCAAAGCUAAUGUAUUUAUUAAUUGCCACAAAGUAGUCUUGCUAUGAGGAUAAAUGUGUUGGUUUCCGUUCUAGGUAUUAGCAGAUUCACUUACCAUUCCUUGUUCGUUAGUACGGGGAGAAUACAACCGAGCAUGGAAUGAAAUCAUGCUCCGUACGAAAUCACAGGUAAGUCAUAUCAAAUUAUUUCUUUCAACGUCGGUAUAGGCAAACGAGGUAGCCAAACGAGAAAAAAUAUUUCCACACGUCAAAAUCACGAUGUUUCUACUCUUGGAAUGUUAAAUGUUUCUAAUUUGUUAAAGGGAUAUGGCUUAUUUGAAAGGAUAUGGCAAUAUAAAUUAAGUUUGUCUUAUUUGAAAGAACAUUUAAAAUGAUAUCUAAACUUCCUUUACAAUUAUUCUGUAUCUUGCUUUGUUUUCGAAAUAAAUCGACUUAUUUUGAUCAAAAGCAGCGUGCAUUCCGCCAUCUUGGAUAUGCAUUCGAUAUGCAUACGUCACAAGUAGGGUAAAAAGCGAAAUUUUUAUCUUGCAAACUACAUGUCAUUAUCAUUUUGAAACUCGAUUUUCCGAAGUCAUUUUAGUACUCAAUUAACUUACAACAUUUUGAGAAACUUUUCGAAGAAAUUUAGUCUCACAUGAAGAAGUUUUAACAAGUUUACCCUGCUUUUGACGUCAUCAAAAACCCAGAUAAUUUGAUCAUUUUUUUGUAAAGGGUGUUCAUAUAUAACUUUAAAAGUUCUAUCAAUUGGAUAUUGUUCUUGAGAAUGGUACCUGUAACACUCUGCACAGAAUCAUUUUUCCAUUUUUUAUUGUAGCCUGAAACUGCGCAUGCCUAUCCACCCAAGACAUACAUCGUAGAUUUAAUGCACGAGCCUGGAACAUUGAUGUCAGCGGAAUCACCGGAAGCCGACAGCUAUAAACGGUUAUGAAAAGUUCAAAUAUUUUUAUAUGUUAUAUGUAGAAGUAUAGUUUAUAGUAUAGAUCAUAUUGAUCCACUAAGAUACUCAGUGUAGAAUUGGAGUAUUCAAAGUCAUUUUCACUUGUUUUAAUAAACCUUUAAACUAAAGGUUUUCAAUAAAAUCCAGUUGAAAUUUUAACAAUAAUAUACGAGUGUGCAUAAAUUAUAAUCCUUUUGAAAUAUAAAAUUUAUUUUUAAGUGAAUACAGUCAGUAAAAGUUAUCCCAUACAAAAAGUAUGUUAUACAAAAUUUUAUUGAAACUGUUUAUAUUCAGAAUUUUUCUCCUCAGGAAUUUAAUUAUAAGAUAUCUUUAUGGGUAUUUUAUGAAGUUUUCUGCUGAGAAUAAAUCUGCAGGUAAAUCGAAAUAUCCAGGUUCAAUAGUAAAAUUGUAUAAAAUUUCACACUUCGUUCAGGUUAACUGUUUUGUAUUUGCUAAAACCAUCAGCUGUUUAAGAAUAUAUUCGCUGGAAGUUUUUUUCAAAAUCCAUAUGAAAUUCAAUUUUCAUGCUAUUUGCAAUUUCCACACUAUGGAUAUAUUGUGGAAAUAGUAUGGAUAUACUAUGAAUUUAGUGAUGCAAUUGUCAAUUCCAUAGAACACUAGUAUGGACGGAUUUCACUAUAUUUUUUCCAGUGUAUUCUUUUCAAGGGUGGGUUGACUACAAAAUUUUUGUAGUUCGCUAUAACUACAGCUACUUCAAAAAUAUGUAGUCAGCUACAACUACUGCUACUUUUGAACAAAAGUAGUUCGCUACUGACUACAGCUACUGCUUAAAAAAUGUAGCGAACUAUUUCGCUAUUUCGCUACUCUAUAUUUUUUAGUUCUACGGUAUUUGGGCUCAGGCUGUAAUUUAACCUAUAACAAAUCGACUUACGAGUGGCAACAGUAAACAAAAGGGUCAAAGAAUAGUUUUUGUAAGCCCUACAGUGUUCAGGAGUGCCACUUUUCAAUGCGCUAAAAUAAUCUUUACUGUAUAAAAUGAUCUUUUAAGCAAACCGUGUCUUAAUAUCAUUAUAUUCUACGAACGGUUGCUAACAAUUUUAAAAAGUAGGGAAUAUAGCGAUUCGCUGUUUGAAAAGUAGUCAACUACUUGGCUAUUUUUAGGCAAAAUGUAGUUCGCUAUAACUACAACUACUGUUUUAAAAAAGUAGUCAAAAACUACAUAGCUAUACUUGAAAAUUGUAGUUCGCUACAGUAGCGAACUACAACUACUUCGCUACUACCCACCCUUGAUUCCUUUAUGACAACUACAGCUAUUAAAAGAGGUAUAAUUAUCAUAUUUUCACAUCACAAAAAUCCUGGUUUUCACAUUUGUCAUAGUUAUGUGAUUAGAUCGACACCAAAAACAAAUGGCGAACAGUUUAAUCUUGUGCGUAAGCAAAAUGCUUUGAACAAGAAUUUGAAGAAAAUUGAGCGGAACACGAAUGACUUGGCCAUUAUCAAAACACAUCAUCUCUACAGACGACCAGGUUGAAAUCUCUGGAACAAAAGAGACGAUACGAAAGGAUAGAAUGCUUCAAAAUCUCAGCCGACUUCGCUGGGGGAAACCGUUGCGAGACGAACUGGGAAGGUUAAAGGCAGAGGAAAUACUCUCAGAGAAAAGAUACGCGUUUGAGAAACAUUAUUAUGAAACAAAAUUAAAGGGUUUUAAAGGGAAAAGGAUUUUAUCAGGAAUUAAACUUUUCCGUGAUAAAACUAGAAAGGAAGUCAGUUCGAAGCUACGUCAAACGGAAGUGAAAGAAGAUAUAAAGAGGAGAAUGAAUCGUGUUUUAGCAAAUAAAUUGUCGGAUUCAACGACAUUUUUACCAAGGAAAGAUUUGAAAUGGUCUUUGAAUGACACAACAGAGAGAAAAGCUACAGAACAGGAAGCCUCAGCUUUUAGCAAGAUUGGUGAAAACACUUUAAAUCGUAACAAACUGCCAACCAUUUAUAAUCGAAAUCUUCCUGAGAGAAUAAAGACAAGGCAAGGAAAUGGAACAAGUUGUUUGGAAAAGCGGUUUAAUAUGCAAAAGGACGAAUCGUCGAAUGCGAUGUUAAGGUGGAAAGGUUUGCCAAACAAUUUUCCUCAAAUAGUCAAGUCUAAUCAUUAA